UUUCUGUUUUUGUCUUUUAAAACGCGGGUGGAGUCCAUAUAAACAAACAGUAGAAAGAAAGAAAAUAACUAUAAACUGUUUUUGCUCUGCCUUGUAUCUUACUUUUAAUUAGCAGAGUAAUUUCUCUGAUUCCAGAAUGGAUUUAUUCAGAAAAGUAAUAACAGAAGGUGGAAAUCCUAAAGAUUUUGCUCUUCAAACUGUUCAACUUGCCAUCAACCCUCAGAGGCAAACAAAACUAAUCCAGGAGGAGAACCAGUUGUUGGAGAAUAUUUUAAGAACACUUCUCCAAGAGCUAGUGUCAGCUGCAGCUCAAUCGGGAGAAAAUACUAUGUGGUAUGGUAAGUCGAUUGAUGAUAGUGAAAGCACACAGGGGCAAAUACCUCGUCUUCUUGAUAUCGUGCUAUAUCUCUGUGAAAAUGAACACAUUGAAGGCGGCAUGAUAUUCCAACUUUUGGAAGAUUUAACAGAGAUGUCCACUAUGAGAAACUGUGAAGAUGUCUUUGGUUAUAUAGAAAGUAAGCAAGACAUUUUGGGAAAGCCAGAAUUGUUUACAAGGGGAAAACUUGUGAUGUUAAGAACUUGUAAUCAACUUCUUCGUCGUCUGUCUAAGGCAAAUGACGUGGUGUUUUGUGGACGUAUUAUAAUGUUUCUUGCUCAUUUUUUCCCUUUGUCUGAGCGAUCUGCUGUCAAUAUUAAAGGAGUCUUCAAUGUUUCAAAUGAGACAAAAUAUGAGAAGCAAGCACCAGAAGGAAUUUCUAUCGACUUCAACUUUUACAAAACCUUUUGGAGUUUGCAGGAGUACUUUAGCAAUCCUGCUUCCAUAAGUCUUGCUACCACCAAGUGGCACAAGUUCUCUUCCUGUUUGACGGUUGUCCUGAAUACAUUUGAGGCUCAGCCUUUAAGUGAUGAAGAUAGUAGUGCUAACAAUCUUGAAGAUGAAGCAGCAACCUUCAGUAUAAAAUAUCUUACAAGCAGUAAUUUAAUGGGUCUAGAGUUAAAGGAUCCAAGUUUUCGACGCCAUAUUCUUGUUCAGUGCCUAAUCUUGUUUGAUUAUCUUAAGGCCCCUGGGAAAAAUGACAAAGAUUUACCGUCUGAUGCUAUGAAGGAAGAGAUCAAAUCAUGUGAAGAACGAGUAAAAAAACUUUUGAUCAUGACACCACCCAAAGGAGAAAAAUUUCUUCAUAGCAUUGAGCAUAUAUUAGAAAGAGAAAGAAAUUGGGUCUGGUGGAAACGUGAUGGUUGUGCUCCAUUUGAAAAACAACCCGAUGAAAAGAAAACUGUUCGAGAUGGAGGGAAAAAACGCCGUCCAAGGUACAGACUGGGAAAUAAAGAACUUUCCCAAUUAUGGAAAUGGUCAGAACAAAAUCCGAACGCUCUAACCGACUCUCAACGUGUACGCACACCUGCUGUCACAGAAUACUGGAAACCUUUAGCCGAUGAUAUGGAUCCAUCUGCCGGAAUUGAAGCAGAAUACCAUCACCAAAACAAUCGGGUUUACUGCUGGAAAGGCCUUCGAUUUUCAGCAAGGCAGGAUUUGGAGGGAUUUUCUCGAUUCACUGAUCAUGGUGUGGAAGGAGUUGUUCCCUUGGAACUUAUGCCACCUGAUUUCCGAUCAAAAGUUCUAGCUAAACCAAGUGACAAGUCAAAACGUGCUAAAAAGGAAGAAACCAAAACUGCUGCAAAUCAAUCAGAAGAGAAUCUGAUUGCAACACCUGCAAGUGAGGUUGAUGGUGAUGGCAACAGGCCAGAUCUUGAAGGGUCAGCAGCACCAAUGGACACUGAUUCUGUAAACGUUUCACCCGACCAAAAACAAACCCCUGACACUGAUGGCGGUCAAGAGCCUGGCCAAAUUGAUGAACCAGAUGCAGAAGCAGAACCUGACCAAGAACCAGAAUCGGGAAUGAUCGAUGGUGAAACUGAUGCAGAAGUUGAGUUAGUUGCAGCAGGCUAACUGGCCAAGGAAAAAAGAGAGUAAAAGAAAAGAAAUGGAGAAACUUCAAUUUUGUAGCAAGUAAUUGUAUGAAUCACAUUCUCCCAUUGAAGCUUUAUAUGAUGUAUCUAUCAAAUGUAAUUGUAUCGAUUUUAUUUACCUACUAAAUUCUAUAUAAAAGCAGCAUAUUUUCAUUUUUGUUUUAA